AGGAUUUUUAAACACAUGCCAACUCCCUCAUCAGUGAGAUCUUUCACCAUCACUCGGUCUCUCCUCCUCCUCCUCUGCUUCUUCCUCCCCGUGCGUCUCCAUGUCCUGACUCCUCCCUCAGAUCAGCCUGGUGUCCACUCAGCCUCCCUCAGCUUCACUUCAUCAGACAAGUGUCUCUUCUCAGCUCAAGUUGUCUCAUCGCGUCACCGAGAGAGGAGCAGCCUUUCACCUCGUCACAGAAUGCCUUUCGGAGGGGGAAACCUGUGCGGCUGCUGCCACAAACCUGUCUACUUUGCCGAGGAAGUGCAGUGUGAGGGGAAGAGCUGGCACAAAUCCUGCUUUCUGUGCAUGGUGUGUAAGAAGAACUUGGACAGCACAACUGUAGCCGUUCAUGUGGACGAGAUCUACUGCAAAUCAUGCUAUGGCAAGAAAUACGGGCCCAAGGGCUACGGCUUUGGAGGUGGAGCCGGCACGCUGAGCAUGGACACGGGAGAGGGACUUGGGAUCAGGCCUGAAGUACAAGGGCCGCAUCGCCCUACAAAUAACCCCAACGCCUCCAGGUUUGCCCAGAAAGCAGGAGGCUCAGAUUCGUGUCCUCGAUGUGGGAAUACGGUGUACGCAGCCGAGAAGGUCAUCGGGGGAGGCAAUUCGUGGCACAAGGGCUGCUUUCGUUGUGCCAAGUGCGGCAAAGGACUGGAGUCCACAACCGUCGCUGAUAGAGACGGGGAGAUCUACUGUAAAGCGUGCUAUGCAAAGAACUUUGGGCCCAAGGGCUUUGGCUUCGGUCAAGGCGCAGGAGCUCUGGCUUAUUCCCAGUGAAGCCUGAGGCCACAGCCCACCUGAGAUUGACAUCUAGAGCGCGCCGAUAUCAUAUCUCCCCGGCACUGCUGAGUUGACAACCAGCUUAUUUGUCUCACUCGCCCCUUCACUCCAGCUACAGGCAAUGAGAAAUGACAGAAGCACACAUCAUGCACCAAGCAGAUUCUGCUUUUACUCCAUGAUGCAUUGGAGUGUGCGUACGCUAAACAUUUACUGACACCGCAAUUAAACUCUUUGUAAGGACGAGCACAAAAAAAAAAAAAAAAAAAACUGGCUUGGAAAUGAAACACCGAUUGAAAUAAAAACAGAAUUUGGCGAGUGCAGAGUUUGCGUCUGUGAACACGAACAACGCAACUUCUAAAUGUUACAAACCAAAAUCGUGCUCCAGGAGCCGCCAACACAAGUCCUUCCUUACCGCCUUAAACUUCCAACGUAUGUACAUAUUGUCUACUUUUUCUGCUCGAACACAAAAUAAAUAUAAUGCAAACAGCAAA